GUAUGGAUGUUGUAGCACUAUUUGCCCAUAUAUAUCAGAACAGGAAGGUUCUAUUCCUUGAUUAUGCACCAUACGAGUUUGUGUUCGAAGAUGCGACCAGACGAAGUGUAAGGAAUACAGAGCUGACGUGUGAUGAGAAUGAUAUUGUUGGUAUACAGCACGAGCUUGACACACAUUGGGGCGUUCACAAACGAUUGCUUUGUCCCGCACUGCGGUUGCCAAGUGCUAUGGGGCGACCAGUUUCUCCAAGUUUGAAUCAGUCACAACACCAGGCGGCAGGCGCUACUUCGGCGAACGACACAAACAUUAUGCAUCUUAAUUUGCACACGUCACCCAAAAGCAGUACUGGCAGUGAUGUGCCGAAUAUGACGGGGAGUCCCCAUGAAUUUCAUGGAUGGCAAAAUUAUCAAUCUACGCAGCAGGACACCGCUAGAAGUUUACCUAGUCACUUUGGCAUGCGAUCAAUGUAUCAGCAACACCGUCAGGCAACCCAAUACUCCCAGCAAACACAACGAAUGAGUCAGAAACAACGGCGGCCACUAGCUAGCGUGUUCGCUUCGCAUAUGGAUGAUGAUGUGCAAUCCCGUACAUACAACAGUCACGAUUCUUAUGGAAGCUAUGGGGACACGCAAGGUCAGCAACAUGAUCAUGGAAUUGAGAAUAACAGCUUACAGUAUUGGAAGGGUCGGAAUUCAACUUUAUAUCCAGUUGAGCAAGUGACACAGAACACGCGGGCUACAUCGGAAGAUAAUAGUAAUAUGAUAGCUUUGGUCAUGGCGGCUAUGGAAAGGAUAGAAGCUGAGAAGGUAGCUCCGGCGGUGGAUGAAGCUAAUAGUUGCCGGCCCAAGUUCGUGAGUGAUGUGCACGGCAGUUAUCACGCACAAUCGCAACAGAAUCAACAACAACUCACAUAUAGCGACGCUGAGUACUUCACUACUACGUAUACACCAACCACGAGUCAUGCCAGUACCUUGACACCUGGAUCACGCGAGUCGAGUCGGGCGGCUACACCUGAUCAUAUCCAUCACAUGGAUAACCACGAGUCAGAGAUUAAACAUACGUAUAGUGGCCAACGUCAUACAAGAAAUGAAAGCUCACAUAUCGAUAUGGAAGAGCAGCAACAUUACUCUGAACAUACUACAGCAGAUACCUCAGCGCUGGAGCGUAAAUCUUCGGCGGAGAAGAAGCUCUAUUACAUGCGUCCUGGUCCGCUGGGAAAGAAAGUGCGGAAUGAGCGGUUAUCGAAGUUUGUAGUAAGUGAUAUUACUGGCAAUAGUAUGGUCGGUGGGCCUCACAAUACCUAUGAUAAGUCGGGAGUGCCGAUAGCUACGAAGGAGUCUAUUGACCGAAGGUGUAAAACCUGGAGGCCUUGGUAGACGAGAUUAUUGAACUUGUGGGGGAGAAGCUGGUGCUUAUUAAUUUCAGAGACUAUAGUGGGUGUAUCAAAACUUGAUUCUAAAUCAGCAAACUUUAAUAAAAAUGGAAAGAUAACCAUCGGGA